CGGGCCUGGUUCGGAGAUGUGCUGAUUUCCUGUUGACGACAUCCCCCCCUGUUAUACUGUACACCGAAUCUCGACAUCUCAUUGCAGAAACUCCGGCAUUGGUCCCUCCAAGACUUGAUAAUCCUCAGUUCGGCCCUUUGAAACCCCGGCAAAUUGCAUUGCGUCAUCGGUCGAGGGAUUGCUGCGCUGGGAACGGCUUUUGUCCUUUCUCAGGGGAGCUGUGUAGUCCGUAGUGGCCGGGGCGGAGUAAACACGUUUACCCUCGCAAUAAUAAUUGCUUUUGCGAUGAUGCACCCCCCCCCCCCCCCCCCUCUCUCCCCACCCCGCCUUAAAGGAUGCAAACGGAAAGCCGGAUGCUUGGUGCAUGAGGUACCAUUGCGACGCGCUCUCGUCUUAAAUCCCAAGCUGCCACUCUUAUUCAGCUCUCUCGUCUUACCGACGAUAAGCCCGACAGUGAAGCUGUGUCUCGACAACCGACAACAUGGCCCAAUCACUUCUUAUCAGGGCUCUCCUCGUCUGUGCCUCCCUUCUGCCACACGCCACGGCGGCUCCCACCGUGGUUGACGGCAACGUCUCGUAUGUGGGCACGCUGAGCGGCGGUGUCGAGUCCUUCCUCGGGAUCAGGUAUGGUCAGGACACUGGCGGCAGAAACCGCUUCACGCUGCCCAAACCGUACAACUACCCGCCCGGGACCGUUGUGAACGCCACAACCCCCGGCGCUGCCUGCCCCCAACAGACAGGCAACCCAACACCCAGUCUUAUCGGCCUCUUCAGCAAUGUUACCAACAUCUCCGAGGACUGCCUCACAGUCAGGAUUGAACGUCCGCUAAAUAUCAGCCCGCUCAAAAAGCUGCCCGUUGUCGUCUUCUUGUACGGCGGGGGCUACGCCAUUGGCCAGACCUACGAUGGAGCCUACUACCCUUCCGGUUUUGUCCGGGAGACGGCGCGGAAGGACCUGCCGACCAUAUAUGUCGCCAUAAAUUACCGUGUUGGCAUAUUUGGUUUCGCCGACUCAUCCGCUCUUCGGCACGAGGGAAACCUGAACCUCGGACUGGAGGACCAGUUCUUGGGUCUUCAGUGGGUGCAAGACCAUAUCUCCGCGUUCGGCGGCGACAGGGACGAUGUCACUCUCUUUGGCGAGGAUGUUGGGGCAGCAUCGGCCGUCUUUCAGCUGACCGCCUUUGGGGGUAACGCGAAGCGCACCUUCAAGAGGGUAAUCCUGGGUUCCGGACCAACCCCAGCGGGCGACCAAAUUACCCGCGGCCUCACCUUGAACCACACUGCUGAAGUUACCAAGAGACUCGACUGUGCUUCCCCCGAUGGUGACUCGGCUGCCGAGCUGAACUGCUUGCGUGGCUUGUCCUUGACAACUCUCGUGGAUGCUGCAGUUAAGUUCUCGUUCGAAUACGAAGCCAUUGCCGGCCUGGGGACCUUCAGGCCCACGGCGCCUUCGACCUUCAUCCCGGAUGUGCCUUCGAAGCUGCUCCGGGAGGGUUGCUUCCUCAAAAACAUCGAUGUCCUGAUUGGUUGGACAGAGGACGACGGAACCCAGUUUGUGACCCCGGAGAUCAGCAGCGACACCCUGUUCAAUAGCUGGGCUGCCGAGCAGUGGCCCAGCCUGACGGAAGCCAACCUCAACAAGCUCAUAUCCCUCUACCCAUCCAGCGAAUUUUCAGAUCUCACCGCCGAGGGCAUCGAGAAGAACUAUUUUCGUGCCGCGCGUGUCUCGCGCGACGCCCACUUCGCGUGCCCAUCCCUCCUCAUCCUCGAGGCAUUCCAGGUGCUAUCCCCGGGCUCCAUCGUCUACGCCUACGUCCUGAACCAGACCGUCUUCCGCGUAGGCCACGCGGCUGCCAACAGGAGCUUCGUCGGCAACGACCACUUCAGCGACAUCAGCUACGUCUUCGACUACGUCGACCAACCGCCGUACUCGUCGAUCGCCGACCAGAGCGACUACGAUCUCGCCAGCUUGAUGAGCGGCAGUUGGGCGUCCUUUGCGCACUUUAGCCGGCCGAUCAUCCCCGGCGUGACAUUGGAAGAUAGCAUCGCCAGGAACCUGACAGUUGCGCCGUGGGAUGCGGUACAUAGCCACGGUAUCGGGGAUGUGGUUGUUCGCGUCAUCGGGGGGCCGGGGGACGAGCUGGCCGUGAUACCGAAGAGCGGGCACGGCCCGGCGGGCGGACUGCCGCCGUAUGACGAGGACUUGGCCACGCGAUGCGCGUUUUGGAACAGCCGGGAUGUUCUGGAGCAGACUUUCAAUUGAAGAUUUGCGGAAUCGGGUUCUUUUGACAUAUUUGAGGAUUGUUUGAGCCUCUUGGUUUGGAAUAAACUGUUUCCAAAACCUGAGGGUAGAUAGAAAACAACCCAGCACCGAGGCCAGAGACAUGCUAUUAGACCCUAAUUUCUAAACUCUAAUUAGACAAUUAUACACCAAUUGAUAAUAGUAUCAUGC